UCAGGAUAAGAUACUUGAAGAACUUGAUAAGGAACAUACCACUCAUGACUCAAUGUCAGAUUCCGAAGAAGAUGGAAUUCGCAUUGAUACAGAAAAAGCUCUUGCUGAGAAAGAAAAGGGCAAUACUUAUUUUAAACAAGGAAAGUAUGAUGCUGCAAUAGAAUGCUAUACAAAAGGAAUGAAUGCAGAUCCUUACAAUCCAGCUUUACCUACUAAUAGGGCAUCUGCCUUUUUUCGGCUGAAAAAGUUUUCUGUGGCUGAAUCUGAUUGCAGUUUAGCCCUUGCCUUAAACAAAAAUUACACAAAGGCUUAUAGCAGAAGAGGGGCAGCUCGCUUUGUCUUGCAAAAUUUUAAAGGUGCCAAAAAAGAUUAUGAAAAGGUUUUAGAAUUGGAUCCAAACAACUUUGCAGCGAAGAAUGAACUUAGGAAAAUUGAACAGGCUCUCUUGUCAAAAGAAAAUUGUCAGGCUGAAGAAACAGAUACUUUUAGGAAAGUGGAAAUUGCAGAAGAGGAACUGAAACAAUUGGAGGAGGAGCAGUUGAAGCAAAAGGCUAUGGCAGAAAAAGAUUUGGGUAAUAGGUAUUUCAAAGCAGAUAAAUAUGAAACAGCAAUAGAAUGCUACACACGUGGAAUAGCAGCAGAUGGCACCAAUGCACUUCUUCCAGCAAAUAGAGCCAUGGCCUAUUUAAAAGUUCAAAAAUAUGAAGCAGCAGAAGAAGAUUGCACUCGAGCUGUAUUACUUGAUUCUUCAUAUUCUAAAGCUUUUGCCAGAAGAGGCACAGCUAGAGCUGCCCUGGGAAAACUAAAAGAAGCUAUGCAAGACUUUGAAAGUGUCCUGAAGCUGAAACCUGGAAAUAAGCAAGCAAUGAAUGAAAUAGCAAAGCUUAAAAAUGAAUUAAUCGCAAAAGGUUUUUUGUCAGACACUGAAUAUUCUGGACUACCACAGAAUGAGUCAGAAAUACAAAAUCUGGUAAAACCCAUUGAUAAAUCCUUGCAUCUGAGAUCAGUUAAACCUCUAAGAAGAAUAAACAUUGAGGAAAUUAGUAAUGAUGUGCUAAGUCCAAAUCUGAUAUCCACCAGAGAAUCUGAACCUAUUCAGUCUGUUUUUGAUAACCCAAAUGAAACACAGGAAUUAAUAUCUAUAAAGAAUCAAAAUGAAGAUUUCUCUUCUCCAUCUGGUACUCUCAAAGCAAAGCUGCUGAAAAUAGAAGAAAUUGGUGAUGCUUUGUUGACCGAAUCUGUUACCACAAACACUGUGAAAGAAAAAGCAUCACUUCAGCCUUGUGCUAUAAAAAAACAAGCUAAGACAGAAAAUUGCAUUAUUUCUUCUGUGUCUAAAUUUUCCGUACCUCCAGUCCCUGUGAAUUCUUUCCAACUUGAAUCAGAUUUCCGAAAAUUAAAAGAUUACCCCGAUCAAUUGUAUACAUAUUUAAAGCAAAUUGAUCCUUCCCUUUAUCCUAACCUCUUCCAAAAAUCAUUGGAUCCAGAAGUUUUUUGCCAAAUCUUGAAAAUUCUGCAGGAUUUUCAUACUAAGAAAGAAGAGCCUUUACUUAUCCUUGAAAUUCUGCACAAAUUAUCAGAAUCCAAAAGAUUUGAUAUGGCAGUUAUGUUUAUGUCAGAGCCAGAGAAAAAAACUGUACGUUCUUUAUUUGAUCAUUUGGAACAAUCUCAUUUGGAAGAUUCUCCUAUUAAACAACUCAAGAUAAAAUAUAUUGUUUGAUUUAAAGACUUUUUGUGUUUCUGUAUAUAAAUACAGCAUAUUAUAUACUUCUUUGGAAGGACAGUUCCAUAUAGAUGAUUAUGACAGAGAAUUUCAAGUUCAUUCUGCUUUUUUGUCAUUUGAUCCACCAUGUUCUGCCUGAAUCUUUUCAUUUUGAACAUUCUGUAGAAACAAGAUUGAGAGCUGUUAACAAUAUUUUUCAAAUUCCAUUAAGUUGUGUGUUAAAAAUUAUAUAUUUUAUUCAUAUAAAUAAAUUCACAGAUGUUAAAUUCUUUUAA